AUGAGUCACUCACCCACCACUCUAUUGACCAGUUCGCGCUCUUCGCCAUCAGGUCUGAAUACCUUUAGUGUUCCGAGCUCACCUUCAACGGCUGGAGGUGUGUAUAAUCCAUCGGGAAAGUUCUCUGAAAACGAAUUGAGAAUGGAGAAAUUACUUCCGUUGCUGGUUGAUUAUUCUAUUGAAUUUACAUCUGCUGUUCAUAGCGAUAUUCAUCGAUCAGUGGUGUUUGAAGGAGGAAAAUUAGUGGGAAAUAUAAUCAUGAAACCAUCAGCACAAGUAUUUGAUAUUGCUGCAGCAGUGAAAUAUCAACAGCAAGUGCAUCAAUCUCCUCUUUCCUUUAUUGACCGAGAUUUAUCAUCUCCUCUGACUGCCAAUAUUCCUGGAUCAAAUACGUCAUCGGAUAUUUCAAAUGGAUAUUUAUUCUCAACUUUUACAAAUAUAUUUGAUAUCAAACCCGAUAAGGAUGUAAAUGCUAGUGCAGAAGAAUAUUUACCAACAAAUAAUUUAUUGUUGUUGGAUGAAAAGCAAAGAGAGCUCUUAUUAACAAAAGCAAAGAAAGUUUGGAGAGAUUUAUUUUCUAAACUACACAUCAAAACAUACAUUUCUUCAAGAUUUCCAGAGAGUGUGAAAUCUACAACUCCAUCAUCUUCUGGGACCUCCAAUAGCGCCACCUCCAUUGAUAUCAAAUACUUUGAUUCCAGCAAGGAGUUCAUUGACUUUUAUUUGUUUAAGAGCAACUUUGUUGCAAAGCAAGCUGUGAAUUCACAAAGUAUAUUUAUGGAGAUGACUGCUAAUGAAUAUGAGAAUAAGGGUUAUGAAACAUCGAACGAUCAAGACAAAACUCAAGAUGAUGGAACUAUUCAAUUAACAUUUCCAUUCAGUAUUGAUAUUCCUUUCAAUGACUUGAACAGAAAUCCAUUCUUUGUUAUCUCAGAAAUAUUUAUUCCAUCAGAUCAAUUUUCUGAUAGCAUGGUCAGAUCAUUAGCUGAUGUAAAAUCUCCCUUCAGUAUGGUUAACAACUUUGAUUUAGAUUUUUUGGUUUCCUACGAUACAAGUCAACAGUACAUUCCAUCCAGAAUAUUUUUGUGUGCUCUUUGCAAACCAAUAGCUCUUAGAAAGUCUCUCAAGCUUUCUUCAAAAACCAAACUGAUGAACAUGAAAAAUUAUAUUCAACUUAUCCUAGAAAACACUUGUGAGAGCCAAUCCAUCAAAAUUGAAAAAAUUGAACUCAAUCUAGCCAAUGCCAAGUUUUGCAAAUAUUGUACACCAGGUGAUACACAACAAACACUGCUCUCCAAUGCUGAUGAAUCUCAACUCAAAAACACCACAACUGCCAAUCAUAUUAUUUCUCCUCCACCAAAUGCUAUUUAUGAUUUAUUUAAUUGUUUUAUUGAAAAGUCUCAAUUUCCAUUAGAGUUAAAACCUUAUGAACAGUAUACAACCAACUUGCUCAUUUCACCAAUUUAUAGAAAUAUGGAUGAAAUUAUUGAAAAGCUUCAGAACAGAAAACCAAUUACAAAUCUUUUUUUUAACACAAUAAGAAGUCUCAACAGCAGUGCCCAAAAUAGUGGCGACUCUACGCCAUCUGGCAAUAAUUCUCUGAUAUGGGACGAUAGUUUAGGUCUCUACAAAUCUCGUAUUGAGGUCACAUACAGCAUUAAGAAUCAUACAGAAGAAUCACAUGAGAACAAUAAUCAUCAUCAACAGUCAAAGCACUCCACAAGGUUUAAGAGUUAUAUUGACGCUCCAUGGAUUGCUGUACUUAAACGUGGUCUUUUCGCCUCCAUCAAGUAUGACAAGCAAUCUGUGGCUCUUAUGGAACCAUUCACAGUUUCAAUCUUUUUAUCUAAUUUUGGAGACAGCGAUUGUGAUUUAAUACUUUCCUCUCAACCAACAGCCAAGUCUUCCAUCAUUUGUCAAGAUGCUCAAAUAGAUGUUGGCAUUGUUAAACCAAGCCAAUCGACAAAAGUAGUACUACAUUACAUUGGAGUACAACAAGGAUUGCAUCACAUGGAUUUACUUUGUAUUUAUAAUAAGAGAACUCAACAACAAUUCAUUUUCCCCUUCUUCCCUCAAGUCAUUAUCACCAAAUAG